AUGGCGAGUAGCGUUCCACAACCAGUACAUCGGGGACGAACCGACGCGCCACAACAUGGUGACAGCUGUGCUAAUCACUCGACUAUCCCCGGUGUAGAGACCGUCGACGAUCUGAGCAGGCAGCUGCGUGCAUUACGUACGCAGUGUGGCCGAGUCCGCGGUAUGCGCCUCCGCGUUCAGGAGGCCAUUGAUAACAUAAUCAUUGAUGACAACGCGCCAGCCGAACAAGCCAAGGAAGACGACGAAGUAGUGGACGGCCUUCACCGCAAAGAAGAAGAGCUGACGAACAAGAUCGAUCCGUUGCAGGCAGACAUUGCUGAAGUCACUGUCAAGCUUGAUCUUCGAUGCUCAACCAAAGAAAGCUCCCAAGCCAAAGAAAGGGGCCGUUCUCGUGUGGGCUCUCCAACGCCGUCGGCUCGUGCUCGUCAGUAA